CAAAUCUUGGCUUCAGUUGCGGCGCGAUAUUUACACCUUGCACAUACCAGCGAGGCCCGAGAAAGAACAUUAUUCUUCCUCUAUACUUGAGAAGAAGUUCUUGUCCGUUAAGAGUGACCUGAGGUAGAAGAGGACUACACGAAACAGUAGCUAUGGCGAAGACACCGGCUAUCGGCAUUGACCUAGGCACGACGUACUCCUGCGUCGGAGUGUGGCAGCACGGAAAGGUCGAGAUCAUCGCCAACGAUCAAGGAAACAGGACAACCCCCAGCUAUGUCGCAUUCAACGAUACGGAGAGGCUCAUCGGAGACGCCGCCAAGAGUCAAGUUGCCAUGAAUCCUAAGAACACGGUCUUCGAUGCUAAGCGUCUGAUCGGUCGCAAGUUCGACGAUCCGAAGAUCCAGGAGGACAUGAAGCAUUGGUCUUUCACCGUCGUCAGCGACGGUGGUAAACCGAAGAUUCAGGUGGAGUAUAAGGGCGAGCUGAAGAAGUUCGCGCCGGAGGAGAUCAGUUCGAUGGUGCUCGGAAAGAUGAGGGAAAUCGCUGAAACUUAUCUGGGAGGAAAUGUUAAGGACGCUGUGAUCACUGUUCCGGCGUACUUCAACGACUCCCAAAGGCAGGCCACCAAAGAUGCUGGAGCCAUUGCCGGACUCAACGUCUUGAGGAUCAUCAACGAACCAACCGCUGCAGCUUUGGCUUACGGUUUGGAUAAGAACUUGAAAGGCGAGAAGAACGUUUUGAUCUUCGAUUUGGGCGGUGGAACUUUCGAUGUCUCGAUUUUAACAAUCGAUGAAGGAUCUCUUUUUGAAGUCAAGUCAACUGCUGGUGAUACUCACUUGGGAGGAGAAGAUUUCGAUAAUCGUUUGGUGAAUCAUUUCGUUGAAGAGUUCAAGAGGAAGUUUAAGAAGGAUUUGAGCGGAAACUCGAGGGCUUUGCGUAGGUUGAGAACCGCCUGCGAAAGGGCUAAGAGGACUUUGAGUUCCAGCACUGAAGCGAGCUUGGAGAUUGAUGCUUUGCACGAAGGUGUCGACUUUUACUCGAAAGUCACCAGGGCAAGAUUCGAGGAGCUCUGCAUGGAUCUGUUCAGGUCCACUCUGGCGCCGGUCGAGCGAUCUUUGGCUGACGCUAAGUUGGAUAAAGGUGCUAUUCACGAUGUAGUCUUGGUCGGUGGUUCCAUCAGGAUCCCGAAGAUCCAAAAGAUGCUUCAAGAUUUCUUCUGCGGCAAAACCUUGAAUCUGUCCAUCAACCCAGAUGAGGCUGUCGCCUACGGCGCUGCCGUCCAAGGAGCCAUUUUGAUCGGAGAUACAAGCUCCAAAAUCCAAGACGUUCUCUUGGUGGAUGUUGCUCCUCUUUCUUUGGGUAUCGAAACCGCUGGAGGAGUUAUGACCAAAAUCGUUGAGAGGAACUCGAGGAUUCCUUGCAAGCAGCAACAAACGUUCACAACUUACUCCGAUAAUCAAUCUGCGGUUACCAUCCAAGUCUUCGAAGGCGAAAGGGCGAUGACUAAAGACAACAACCUCUUGGGAACCUUCAACUUGUGCGGAAUUCCGCCAGCACCGAGAGGAGUCCCGAAAAUCGAAGUUACUUUCGAUCUGGACGCUAACGGCAUCCUUAACGUUUCCGCCAAGGAUUCGAGCACCGGUAAAUCCGAGAAAAUCACCAUCACCAACGACAAAGGUCGUCUCUCCAAAGACGACAUCGAUAGGAUGUUGUCGGAAGCAGAAAAGUACAAAGCGGCGGAUGAUCAACAACGCGAAAAGAUCCUCGCCAGAAAUCAAUUGGAGGGAUACAUUUUCAGCGCUAAACAGGCCGUCGAGGAUGCUCCAGCCGAUAAGGUCACAGCAGAUGACAAGAAGCUCGUGCAGGACAAAUGCUCCGCCGUUCUCAGCUGGCUGGAUGCGAAUCAGUUGGCGGAGAAGGACGAGUUCGAGGAUAAAUUGAAGGAGUUGCAGAAGGAGUGUCAGCCGGUCAUGAUGAAACUGCACCAGGCCGGAGCCGCCGGUCCCAAAGUUGAAGAGGUCGAUUAAUCUUGCACCUUUAUUACUUACCACUCGACCCACGCAAUUCAGAGAGCGUGGGUGCGACCAACUUCACGAUCUAAAUACAAAUUACAGUCGCACGUAACAACACUUUACAUUUUCUCUGUCCACACGAUGAAUACAAUCUAUUUAUACUUUAUAUUUAUAUAUAUUUUAUAUUGCACCAAUUCACCCAUCUAUGUUAACCGUUCCUUAGCAUGAGACAAGUUUCAAGCAAAUUCUACUUGCUUUUCUUUAUUUCAUGAAAAACGGUCAAUCUCUACUCACUAAUGACAAAUGAAAUCUUGUCCAUGCAAAUUACAGCUGUAUAUUAGGAGGAAUAAAAUUAGCCUACUUGGAUAA